AUGGCUUCAUCGAGUAAUCCUUCUCAUAUUAUGGAAGAAUUAGUUAUCGAAGAAGAGUUAGAGGAAGGGCUUGUGCUACAGGAUCUUGGUGAAGGGGGAGAGGAUGAGUUCGUGUAUGACUGGAGACUGUGUCUGGUGGGCCGUUUCAUCUCAACUGGUGCAAUUGAUUUCCCAUCUAUGCAGCAAACACUGGCGGCAUUAUGGAAACCAGGAAAGGGAGUUUACAUUAAGGAGCUUGAUGUUAAUCGAUUCCUAUUUCAAUUUUACCACGAAAUAGACAUCAAACGUGUUGUGGCUGGUAGUCCUUGGUAUUUCAAUAGGAAGGCUUUGAUCAUCUCUCGUAUGAAAGAAGAGUCGAAUCCACGAUGUUUAACUCUAAACACUCUGGAUGUAUGGGUCCAAUUACAUGAUCUAAAGACUGGUUUUAUGACUUCAACAGUGCUAAAGGCUGUUGGCAAUUAUGUGGGAGUGUUUGUGGAAGCUUGUCCUAAGAAUUUUUUGGGUGUAUGGCGUGAUUACAUGAGGAUUAGGGUCACCAUUGAUCUUGCUAAGCCUCUGAAAAGGCGUAUGCGUAUUCGUAAAACUGGGGAAGAGUGGAUAUGGAUCACUUUCAAGUAUGAAAAUAUACCCACCUUUUGUUUUAUCUGUGGUAUAUUGGGUCAUUCGGAACGAUUUUGCCCCAAACUGUUCGAGACACCGAAGCAUGAGAUUACAAAGCCUUAUGGAGAUUGGAUGAAGGCUCCUUUUCGGAGAUCGACUAAACUAAUCGGGGAGCAGUGGCUGAGAAACAGUGGUCACGGUGAUACGGCAAGGAGGACUGGUGGAGGAGAGAAUCAUGGUGGAUUUCAUGGAAUUGAAGGCGCAUCAAUCACCACUGAUUUCCAGGGUGCUAAUGAUUUCUCCACAAAUCAUGGCAAAGGUAUCUUAAUUUCUGAUUCAGUUGACCCACAUUUUGCUCAUUCUAAUCCUAUAGCUGGUACAAUAAUGACUGAUAUGGUAAAUAAGGCUCCAGUAAUAAAAAAAGGGCCUAUUUUGGUGGAGAAUAAGAAGCGUAGGACUAUAGAUGAAAUGGAUCAGGUUAAUGGUUUGGGCUCUAAUACUGAGUUGGGCCCAGAAACUGAUGAUGAUAAUGAUCAAGUUAGUAUGGAACAAGAUAAUAUCAGUAGCCCAAAAAACUUGAAUGGGGCGGGUCUCGGUGCACGGGCCCGCCAAGGAUUAUGA